AUGGCUACUUCGCUUCUAAGCCCUUGCAUUCCUCUUCAAACGCACACCCGACAAUUUCCUAUACCGACCACUAUUUGGGAGCGUCCAAAAGGAAUUGGGGAGAGAUUUGGUGGGUUCAAUGCGAUAAAUCUUUCGCCUGUGGCGGAGAGGACCGACAUCACUGAAGCCAGUAAUGCUGUGAAAGAUGAUCAAUUUGUGCAGUUUUUCCGUGAAUCUUGGCCGUACUUUCGUGCCCACAGAGGCAGUACAUUUGUUGUUCUAAUUUCUGCUGAAAUUGUUGAUAGUCCUCAUUUGGAUCCCAUUCUCAUGGAUAUCUCUCUUCUCCAUGGAUUGGGGAUCAAAUUUGUUAUAGUUCCGGGAACCCAUGUGCAAAUUGACAAGCUUUUAGCUGAGAGAGGAAGUGAGCCCAAGUAUGUUGGUCGAUACAGAAUUACAGACUCUAAUUCUCUCGAGGCAUCAAUGGACGCAGCUGGGAGGAUUCGUAUAAUGAUAGAGGCAAAGCUAUCUCCUGGACCCUCCUUAAGUGGCGUCCGUCGUCAUGGCGACAAUAGUCGUUGGCAUGAUGGUGUCAGUGUUGCUAGUGGUAAUUUUCUUGCAGCUAAGAGAAGAGGAGUUGUUGAAGGCAUUGAUUAUGGAGCAACAGGCGAAGUGAAGAAAAUAGAUGUAUCUCGCAUUCAUCAGAGGCUUGAUCAGGAGUGCAUUGUGAUCUUAAGCAAUCUAGCUUAUUCCAGCUCUGGAGAAGUAUUAAAUUGCAACACAUAUGAAGUUGCUACAGCUUGUGCAUUGGCUCUGGGAGCAGAGAAGCUUAUCUGCAUUAUAGAUGGCCCUAUUCAGGAUGAGUGUGGGCGUCUUAUUCGUUUUUUGCCUCUCCAAGAGGCCGACUUGUGGAUUCGCAAGCGAGCUGAGGAAAGCGAUAUAGCCGCUAACUAUGUGAAAGCUGUUGCUCGGGAUGAUCUUACUUGUCUUGAACACAAAGAUACCAAUGGAACUGUCCCUUCUCCAGUGAAUGGGAAUGGUUUUAGAGGUAGAUAUACUGUAAAGUUUCAGAAUGGUGUUGGUUUUGACAAUGGGAAUGGACUAUGGUCUAGUGAACAAGGUUUUGCCAUUGGAGGUCAAGAGAGGCUGAGCCGAUUGAAUGGUUACACCUCAGAAUUGGCUGCUGCCGCCUUUGUUUGCAGAGGAGGGGUUCAGAGAGUUCACCUAUUAGAUGGAACUAUUGGCGGAGUUUUAUUGAAGGAAUUGUUUCAAAGAGAUGGAGUCGGUACAAUGGUGGCUAGGUAUGCAAUAUCCUCUUCAGCAACCUUCUUACCAUGUACAAUAUGCAAUGUAUGCAUGCUGAAUCGAAUCGUUAUCUGGUGA